CGACAAUCCGACUGGGCUCCGGUUGUCGGACAAGAACCCAUUCCCGAACCGAUGGUAGAGAACUCUGCUCCUGCUCCAGAAAUGACCCUGACACCCAACCCCAUCGACGGCGAUGAGGAAGAUCCUUCCGUCCAUUCGACUUUGGUGUCGCAGUCUGAUCAGUGCGGAUAGUCUGCAUUCCUCUCCUGCAGCGGUCAUAACUAGGAGAGGUGCACCUCAGUGUCACGCCGUCACACCCCUGCCUGCAAUGCACAGUUCAUACCUUUAACCAUUCAAGACACGGCACACCCAACAAAGACUCUCGCUGUCACAGACAUCAUGACAUUCUCAGUUGAAAUGGUUAAAAGCAGAAGCAGGGACUCGGGUGUGACUGCAGUCCCGAGUAGCAGGCAGGUGUUGAAGAGCUGGGCUGUUGUGAGAGUUUUAAGCGGUUCUGUUCACAGGUGAAAUUACAAAAUGAGCAGGUUUUCAAAUGGAAAGUCCACCUCUCUCCUGAAGGACGGCAGCUGGAUCAAGAAAGCGGAAAUUGAGGAUGAGGAUAUCGACCGAGACCCAAACUUUGGCAAAUCUGUUCUGAGCCAACGCAGCGAAACAACAAUUGGUCCAGACGGAGGAGAAGUUAAAACCACCGUAACCACGAGCAAGUCGACAUCUGUGCAGGCUCUCACCAAGAAAUUCAGUGGAAGUCAGGAUGAGCUGAGGAGCGGCAGCACCCUCACUUCCAGCCAGACUACAACUUCCUACACCAAGAGUGACCCUGCACUUAAAAGUCCGACCGCGAAGUUCAGUGACCGCGUCAAGUCUACAAGCAAAGGGUCACUGUACACCAACUACUCACCUACCAGGACCACCAAAGAGCCUGAGACUUCUGUUUCCAGCAGUAAAGACCCUGAGGACAAACUUUAUGACACUCUCAUCCCCUCGGCUAUCAAGAAAAGUUCCUCGCCCACAGACAGUAAAACAAGCGUCUUUUCGUCUGAGACUGUGACGGUGAAAAGCAGCCCUGUCCCGGAGGACAAACCUCUCGUCCCUUCUUCUGGGAAGGGAGUUUACUCGUCCACAGACAGAAAUGGGAUUAAAACUACAACCACAACAACGAUUUCCUCUAAGCCUGAGGAUGACCUGUAUGGCACCCUCCUGCCUCAAUCCAUCACAAAUGUAUCUGACCGGCCAUCUUCUCUCAGCAGCAGCAGCAUCAGCAGCAGCAGCAGCAGCAUCAGCAGCAGCAGCAUCACCAGCAGCAGCAUCACCACGAAGAGAGAGAUCAUCACAGUGGAAGGCAGCCGAGGAGUUGAAAGCUCAAAUCUGUCAACGCCCACCUCCACUAGAACCAGCAGCUACAGCUCGUACUCUGAAGAUCUUCCCUCCACCCGCACCACCUCCUACACCAUCAGCACCACCCCCAGUGACGACUACAGCAGCGACCGCAGCUACUCGUACUCCAGGCCCGAGUCCAGCUACGAGUACAGCAGCAUCACAAGUCCGUCCUCCUACACCUCAACAUCCUACCGGAGCAGCAGCAGGUCGGCUGAAACUGAUCAAAUGUACUCAUCCUCCACGAAGAGUGUGUAUGCAGCUCCUGAGAGGACGGUGCUUGAAAAAGACUUGUGCACUUCCUGCCGUAGGCCCUUCAACGGUGAUGCCAAGAUGGUCCUGGAUGACAUGAAAAUCAACUGCCACGCUUCCUGCUUUAAGUGCGAGGUGUGUAGCAGCACGCUGGGGAACAUGAAAGCCGGGGACAGCAUGUGGAUCUACAAACGCAUGGUGCACUGUGAAAACUGCUUUGAGAUCGCCAGAGGUAAAUGGCGACGCUAAGUUUCUCCCGAGCCCUCACUGGAGAUAAAAUACAUGGGAUUGACGAUUCAAUGGAAUAGGCUACUGUUAAUUGGGUUUUUUGGGGGGUGAAAAAGGUUCUCCUGUACUUAUGUUUUUAUAUGCUCACAAAUCUUUAUCUAGGUGUUUUUAAAAAUGACAAUUAUAUUAUGAAUAUAUAUUACAAAUGCAGCUCCAUGGAAGUGCGCUGUUGACAUUGUGAUAUUUCUGUCUUUGUAUCUAAACCUUUCCCCUUGAGAUGGCACGCAUGAUAUUCUCUCAAGUCCUCUGACUUUGUGGGGUUGUGUAAUAUGAAAAGAGAUAUUGCAAUUUAUAGGGCCGGGGGCUUUCUCUUUGUGCAAUAAAGGCAAAAAAAGUGUCUGAUCA